CUCACCCGGAAGGAGAAGCCGGGACUCUCACUAUAUGGUGGGGCGCUGGCCGUGUCGCUGUGGGGAGUGGGCGCUGCUCUCAGAUGUUUUCUUCCAAUGGGCUUUUGGUGUAGGAUGUUGGAGAACCAAGAGCAGGAGGAGGUGAUCACUGUGCGUGUUCAGGACCCCCGCGUGCAGAAUGAGGGCUCCUGGAAUUCUUAUGUGGAUUAUAAGAUAUUCCUUCAUACCAACAGCAAGGCCUUUACCGCCAAGACGUCCUGUGUGCGCCGCCGCUACCGGGAGUUUGUGUGGCUGAGAAAGCAGCUCCAGAGAAAUGCGGGUUUAGUGCCUGUACCUGAACUUCCUGGCAAGUCACCCUUCUUUGGCAGCUCAGAUGAGUUCAUUGAGAAGCGACGACAAGGUCUACAGCACUUCCUUGAAAAGGUCCUGCAGAGCGUGGUCCUCCUGUCAGACAGCCAGUUACACCUCUUCCUGCAAAGCCAGCUCUCAGUGCCCGAGAUAGAAGCCUGCGUGCAGGGCCGGAGCUCCGUGUCCGUUUCUGACGCCAUUCUGCGCUACGCUAUGUCCAACUGUGGCUGGGCCCAGGAAGAGAGACGGGGUUCCUCUCACCUGGCUGAAGGAGACCAGCCCAAGAGUUGUUGCUUUCUCCCAAGACCCGGCCGGAGGAGCUCUCCCUCACCGCCUCCCGGGGAAGAAAAGGAUCAGUUCGAGGUGUGGGCUCCUGUGGUUGACUCUGAGGCUCCUCCCUUGGAGAGCCCCACUCUCCCACCCACCUCCUCUCCAUCAUGCUGUGGUUUUACAAGACCUGAUGAGGGAAUCUCUGCUUCUCAGCCUGUGAGGAGAGUCCUGGGAGGGGACCAUGCUGUGCCUUUGGACCCUGGUCAGUUGGAAACAGUUUUGGAAAAGUGAGCUCUCCUUGGAGCUCUGGGUUUUGCUCGGAGGUGGAUGAAGGCGAUGCAGGCAGGGAGACUUGCUCAGGCGGGGUUAGGCACAGGCUGGUGGUGGGAGGCUGGUCCGCUUCCUGUUUUACCAUGGCCUCUGCUCAAGUUGGUUCUGUGGAGAUUGGUCAUAACUCCUCAGCCUUCUUCGAUAGGGAUAAGACACUGUGCAGGUGUUUAAGUUAAGCACAAGACCCAGGAGUUGUUGGUUCUGAGCCAAACCCCGAAUUUACUCUCCUGGAAGCUGAAUUUCUUUAGAUGUUUGUUAAUGGGUCCAGGAGCACUGUCUCAGGUGGCUGGUUGGGGACCUGUAGGUGGCAGAUUUCAAUCUACCUUAUCAGAGACUGCUGCAGCAGAAAUGCUUGUGUUUCUGUUGUGUCAUUGUGUUCCAGCUGGCUAUGUUUUUGCUGAAGUCCCUGGAGCACUGGUUUCUGGGAGGCUGGCCUCUUGCUACCUCCUUGCAUGGACAGGGAGGUGAAUAUUUUUUCUCCCACCUCCUUGCUUUUCCUCCACUCAUAAUCACUGAAUGGAACGGUGCUGUGACUCCUGACAUUGGGGUUUCCUGCGCAUCCCAGGACCUUGGCCUGGCUGUAUGGGGCCUGAGACCUGUGAAAUAGCUUGUGGCUAUCCACAAAAGAGAAAGGUUUGGCCACAGCCAAAGGACAGGGAAUGAUCCCGGGGGCUUUGUUUUGGAAAAGAUACCCUGGACUGUCCCUGCCUCUCUGGUUAUAAAGCCGAGAUGGACUGUCUUCUCUGCAGGGUUAGCUGAGCUCCUUUCUUGUUUGAAUCCUUUUCUUCUCCCUUAGUAACAGCUCCCUUUCCCCAGGGCUUCAGCCACCACGUGUCCCUCUGCUGUGUUGCGGGAGGCCGUCUGUUCAGUCCAGUGGGGUGUGGGGGCUUUGUUUCUGCCUGGAGAGAGGGCUCUGGGGAUGGAGAUGAGAAACAACACGCCUUCCUUCAGACAAUGAGGCGUCCUGCCCUCCUGCUGCAGUAAUUCUCUCCUCUGAGAGCUGGAGCUGGAGGAGACGAGUGUCGCUGGCGUUCUGCUUAUCUGCCCUGGCGUCUGUGUGUGGUUCUUCUCCAUCUCACCUGCCCCUCCCUCCCCUGGCCCCCGCACCCGGUCCGUGGGCUCUUCUACUACUCGCCUAUGCUGUGGGACUGUCAUGGCAUUUAGUUCAGAGGCUUUGGCCUGAAAUAAAAUUCAAGUAUUUAAGACUGUUGCUGCAGUUGGUGUCUAACAAGCUGUAGCAGUGGAGGAGGCAUUGAGGGCUGGCGGUAGUCACUUUCAUAAAUCAUGAAUUUAUCAGCGUGGAAAUAAUGGUUCAGAACUGAGCUCGGCAGCUUUCCUGCGUUGUGUGUGCAGCUCAA